AAUAAAUUCAAAUGGGUUUAUAUUUAUGCUUGUUCACUAUGUAACUUUAUUUUGUAAACAUAUUAGUCCAAUAAUGGGAUAAAACAAUGAAAAAGUUACAACAGAUUAGAAUUCUAACGAUAAAAAUAAUGUAUGUAUUUAUGCUUUUCUUGGAAUUUUAUAGGUUUGAAAAUGGCAAGUUUAUAAUUCUUUUAAUAUUUUUGGCAUUAAUUUUUCGUUAUUUGUAUACUAGAAAGGUCUUAUAAAAAAUUGGGGGUUUGAUAAUUAGUUUAAAAAAUCUUUAAGAGAAUAAAAUAUAAUAAAUUCCUGAGAAUGAUGAAUAAUAUAAAAAAAGUAAUUAAAAAAAAUGAGUAAAUUAGGUUCAAUUGUUAAACAGUUGAAAAAAGUUGUGAAAUUUUUGAAAAACUUAUUCAAAAGAACUCAUGAAUCAUAGAUAGAUGUAUCUAAAAAAUACAGUUAAUUUGAUAUGGAAGAAUCAAUUUGA